AUGGCACGAAAGGGGUGUUGUUGGUCUGCAUCGUCAUCGCUGGCGGUCAAAUUAGCUGCUGCCGCCGUAGCCGGAAUCGAGCAAGCCUUCCACCGUCAGCUGUACCUACCCUUUCCGUGUUCUUUUUGCAACUUUUUCGCAAGUGAAAAUUGCCGGGGUUCGACAGGGAGAGCGGCAGUGGGAACAUGGGACAAGAUCACAGCUGACGGCCUCUGCGCCACUGGACGGCAGAAAGACGAAUCGGCUGCAGGACUGAAACGGUUUGUCGAGUCACGAGGGCAUGACGACACCGUUAACGAGCCAGACGAAGGCGUUAUUGCCUCAUUGACUCCGAGCUGUGUUCCAAUGGACGACAAGCUCUCUUCACCGCCUCUUUUGGAGGUGUCGCCUGCUUACACGUCUUCCAUCCACGAGCAUGUACCCGUACAUUUUGCAGUGCUUGAUAAUGAAAACUUGCCAGCCGGAUAUCCCGGCCGGUCCAGGCGCCGAAUCGAUAUUAGCUGUAGUUUCGCUUCCUUGGGACUGGCCCAGGUUCGAUACCCAACCAACGGAGGGAACGGACUGGGCCUAUGA